CUUUACCUUAUUCUUGCUUCCCACUAGUAUAUCCGGAACUGUGUAAUGAACAGGACCUUGCCCCAUUUUAUGCUUGUGGAAUGUUGCAAGAUCAAGAAGAUGUAUGAACAGGAAAUGAUUGCCAUAGAGGCUGCCAUAAAUCGAAAUUCAUCAAACCUUCCUCUUCCUUUACCACCAAAGAAAAUGCGAAUUAUUUCUCAUGUUUGGGAAAAUAACAACCCUUUCCAAAUUGUGUUGGUUAAGGGAAAUAAACUUAACACAGAAGAAAGUGUAAAAGUUCAUGUCAGGGCUGGCCUUUUUCAUGGUACUGAACUCCUCUGUAAAACCAUCGUAAGCUCAGAGAUAUCAGGGAAAAAUGAUCACAUUUGGAAUGAACCACUGGAAUUUGAUAUAAAUACUUGUGACCUGCCACGAAUGGCUCGAUUAUGUUUUGCUGUUUAUGCAGUUUUGGAUAAAGUGAAAACGAAAAAGUCGACUAAAACUAUUAAUCCCUCUAAAUAUCAGACCAUCCGGAAAUCUGGGAAAGUGCAUUAUCCUGUAGCAUGGGUAAAUACGAUGGUUUUUGACUUUAAAGGACAGUUGAGAUCCGGAGACAUAAUAUUGCACAGCUGGUCUUCAUUUCCUGAUGAACUUGAAGAAAUGUUGAAUCCAAUGGGAACUGUUCAAACAAAUCCAUAUACUGAAAAUGCAACAGCUUUGCAUAUCAAAUUCCCAGAGACUAAAAAACAACCUUACUAUUAUCCUCCCUUCGAUAAGAUAAUCGAGAAGGCAGCUGAGAUUGCAAGCAGUGACAGUGCUAAUGUAUCCAGUCGAGGUGGAAAAAAGUUUCUUGCUGUACUGAAAGAAAUCUUGGACAGGGAUCCCUUGUCUCAGUUGUGUGAGAAUGAAAUGGAUCUUAUUUGGACUUUGCGACAAGAUUGCAGAGAGAAUUUCCCACAGUCACUGCCAAAAUUACUGCUGUCAAUCAAGUGGAAUAAACUUGAGGAUGUUGCUCAGCUUCAGGCACUACUUCAGAUUUGGCCUAAACUGCCCCCCCGGGAGGCCUUAGAGCUUCUAGAUUUCAACUAUCCAGAUCAGUACGUGCGAGAAUAUGCUGUGGGCUGCCUGCGACAGAUGAGUGAUGAAGAACUCUCUCAAUAUCUUUUACAACUGGUGCAAGUUUUAAAAUAUGAGCCUUUUCUUGAUUGUGCCCUCUCUAGAUUCCUAUUAGAAAGAGCACUGGCUAAUCGGAGGAUAGGGCAAUUUCUAUUUUGGCACCUUAGGUCAGAAGUGCAUAUUCCUGCUGUCUCAGUACAGUUUGGUGUCAUCCUUGAAGCAUACUGCCGGGGAAGUGUAGGGCACAUGAAAGUGCUUUCUAAGCAGGUUGAAGCACUCAAUAAGUUAAAAACUUUAAAUAGUUUAAUCAAACUGAAUGCAAUGAAGCUAAACAGAGCCAAAGGGAAGGAGGCCAUGCAUACUUGUUUAAAACAGAACGCUUACCGGGAAGCCCUCUCUGACCUGCAGUCGCCUCUGAAUCCAUGUGUUAUCCUCUCAGAACUCUAUGUUGAAAAGUGUAAAUACAUGGAUUCCAAAAUGAAGCCUUUGUGGCUCGUGUACAAUAACAAAGUGUUCGGUGAGGAUUCAGUUGGAGUGAUUUUUAAAAAUGGUGAUGAUUUACGACAAGAUAUGUUGACACUCCAAAUGCUGCGCUUGAUGGAUUUACUUUGGAAAGAAGCUGGUCUGGAUCUUCGGAUGCUGCCUUAUGGCUGUUUAGCAACAGGAGACCGCUCUGGCCUCAUUGAAGUUGUGAGCACCUCUGAAACAAUUGCUGACAUUCAGCUGAACAGUAGCAACGUGGCUGCUGCAGCAGCCUUCAACAAAGAUGCCCUUCUGAACUGGCUUAAAGAAUACAAUUCUGGGGAUGACCUAGACCGAGCCAUUGAGGAGUUUACCUUGUCCUGUGCCGGCUACUGUGUAGCUUCUUAUGUCCUUGGGAUUGGUGAUAGACAUAGUGACAACAUCAUGGUCAAAAAAACCGGCCAGCUCUUCCACAUUGACUUUGGACAUAUUCUUGGAAAUUUCAAGUCUAAAUUUGGCAUUAAAAGGGAACGGGUGCCUUUUAUUCUUACCUAUGAUUUCAUUCAUGUGAUUCAACAAGGAAAAACAGGAAACACAGAGAAGUUUGGCCGCUUCCGCCAGUGUUGUGAGGAUGCAUAUCUGAUUCUACGACGGCACGGGAAUCUCUUCAUCACUCUUUUUGCACUGAUGCUGACUGCAGGGCUUCCUGAGCUCACAUCAGUCAAGGAUAUACAGUAUCUUAAGGACUCUCUUGCCUUAGGGAAGAGUGAAGAAGAAGCACUCAAGCAGUUUAAGCAAAAAUUUGAUGAGGCACUCAGGGAAAGCUGGACUACUAAAGUAAACUGGAUGGCCCACACAGUUCGGAAAGACUACAGAUCUUAAUGAUCAGCCUUUGCUCCUAAUGUAUUUGUUGGUUUUGUUUAGUUUUCAGUUUGCACUUGCACUAAAUUGAACACAACCCUGCCAGAGAUGUUAUAAAGGGAAUGAAAUCCUGGAACUCAGUUAAAUUAAGACCAAGGCAUCCCACAGAACCUAAUCUGAACAAUCCCCAAUGACCACCCUUGCUUUAUUGAAUGCUUCCAAGAUUCAUCAUGAAAACUCCCAACAUAAUGGAUAAUCAUUUCCUGCUGACUUUGCACGCUGAAGAAUGCUACUAGAGAUUGUUUUCUGUCUUCUUCUCCUUCUUCUUCUUCUUCUUUUUUUUUUUUUAAGUAUUUGGUACUUUUCCAGAAAGGUGUAAAUACUUCUUUUUGUAUUGUGACCAAGUGUUAUCACUCAGCCAACUUAUCCACACAUGGGGACUGGUAGUUGUUCUUAAAAGAAAGGUAUCUUUCUUCCCUUUUUAAAUUAUAUCAACUAUAAAUUGUAAGAUAAUUUGAAAUUAUGAUUAUUUUUCAAAAGAAAUCUUUAAAUCUGUGGAAAGAUUAGCUCUUUUGUUGAUAUUUAUCUACCGUGACAGCAUCAUUCCUACCAGACUUGGUGAAAAUCUGCUCGUGAGGCAAAUAUAAUAUAUAUGCUGCAUAUAUAUUUAUAAAAUUUCUAGUGGGAGUUCUGUAAAAAAAGGACAUUUCUUUGUUUUUUUUUUCCGUCUGUGUUUUAAAGUUUUACAAAAAGCAGAGCUUUUUCCUAAGUUACUUUUUUAGUUAACUAUAUGAGAUCCAGUUCUUCCAGUUGCUUCUGUAAUGAGGCACAUAGUAAUUUCAGUUUUUACAUGGUAUCUAUGAAAGAGUUCACUUCAUAGAGCAUAAUACUUGAGCAAAUGCAUCCAAGACAGAAAACAAAUGAAAAGAAACUAUUUAUGGAAUCAUCUCCAGACCUAAAAUUCAAUAUUUUAGUAAAAUGCCAGCUGUUCUUACUGUAUUUAUUAAAACUUGUAAUAAUGUGAUUUUUCAAGGAUAUUAGUUCAAAUUGAAAUGGUUUCAUGCCAUAUGGAAUUCUUUAAUUUAUUUGUUGAGGUACCAUACAUUUAGGGUGCUAGAUGGCAAAUAAUGUUAAUAUGUGCAAUAAGAACUACUGGUUUGAAUGUGUAAAUGGAUGCUCUUUCUGAGUACUGGCAAUAUCCAGCAAAACUACUGCUUUUUCUCCAAAGACUUUUGGGAGCUCUCAAUCCUCAGUGACAUGACAUGAAAAAGAGAACCGAGUAUUUACCCUGUGACUGAGUUUUCUAUAGGAAUUUUAUUAAAGAUUGUUUAAUUUUGUUGUUCUCCUUCAUGUUCUCAGUCAAAUAAAUGGGUGAGCUGGUUUCAGCUGCUUUUGGGAUGUGUGGGCUGCUUCUUUAUGGAUAGCACAGGCCUUUAGAUCUCGGCACUGGAACUCUAAGAAAUGGUCAAGUCAAUAAACAAAUCAAUCUGAGAAGUA